GAAGGAAGGAAGGAAGGAAGGAAAGAAACCUGGAAAUAUUAUGAUCGAUAUCAUUUUGACCAAGAACAUUGGCAUACGGCAGUUGAUGUGAGUACCUAUCCAGAUAUCCCUUCUCAGACUUUAUUCAUCUCAUACUCCAAAACUUCAGUAACAAAAUCUGGACUAAUCAAAACAAAAAAUAACAAGUAG